GUUACAACCCUCAGAAGUACCCGGAUGGGUCCUUCACAACACGACGUAGCUUUUUCAAACCGGAAGUCAAACUACUUCGGUUUGGUUUGCUCCACAAUUUCUCCGUUUGUGCUUUAAUUUACUUCAAGUACAAACAUGCUGUCGAUAUUCAAAUCCAUCCCAUCGCACAUGGAUUAUAAAGGCCAGAAACUGGCUGAACAGAUUUUCCAAGGAAUAAUACUCAUCUCAGCGGUGAUUGGAUUUGUGUACGGUCUGAUCAUUGAACAGUUUGGAUGGACAGUGUACAUCGUCUUGGCUGGAUUUGUGGUGUCCUGUGUGUUGACGCUGCCUCCAUGGCCGAUGUAUAGACAGAAUCCUCUGUCCUGGCAGCCAAUUAUUCCAGAGACUAGCGCGGAGCCAAGCCAAAAACCUCAGGAAGCCCUCAAGAAGAAGAAGCAUAAAUAACUCAGAACAUUCCCUGCCCAGCUGUUAAUACAUCCUUUAUCAGAAAAUAUUUGGAACUUUGUUUUACAGUCUACAUCUGAAGCAUUUAGGAAGGAAACAUUGUUACAGUGUUUGUAAGUCAAUAGUGAAAUACUGUCCAAAUAAUAAACAUCUGAUUCUCUGUUUUAUAAAUG